AUACACGAAAUACUCAGUCGGUUUAAUCAAAAGAAGUGCCCACCUACCGACGAAGAAUUGUACCAUCAAGCGGUUGAUAAUGUGGCUUCCGCCGUGAUUUCUGAAGACCUAAAAAAUAGACGGGCAAUGAAAAACAAUACCAAGCUUCCAUUUCCUUGUCAUUGUAGGGCAGUGUGCUCAUAUUCAGUUUAUUUAAAGCCGGUCGUCACCUCCUUCGACAAACUCUACAUGGAAUACGUUGAUGUCCAUCGUGAUUUCACAAAUCUCUUCAAAGCAACGUGGACAAAACCGGUGAUUAAGGGGUUAGAUGAAAUAUGCAAACCAGAUUAUAGACCGACGAUCAUGUUUUCACAUUGCCAGCCGCCACCAGAAGAGAGCCUGUUGCCAAACAUUCUUGACCCAAAUAGAAUUAGACCUACUCCUGUGGAAGCUUUUAUCUAUGAUGAGAAAACUUCUAGCGUUGUUAUGAAUCGAAAGCAAAUAGGAGAAAAUGAGGAUACUCGACUGAUGAUACUCAAGAAGCGUCUAACGUUAGAGCUUGAAAAAAAGUCUUUCUGGCAUCGAAUUCGGCCUUAUAUCUAUGCCUAUAAAGAGUGUCUAUGUUUGAAUUGUGACUAUCGCGAUUGUAUUUACGAUUACCGAAGGGCAAUAAGAAAAUUACGAGAUGAAUAUGAUUUACUGUAUAGAAAGUAUGAAGUUCUUUUUGAAGCUGAGGAUAUGCUACCACCAGAAGGCGACAAAAAGAUUAUCAUGCUGUCUGGAGCUCAAUAUGAAAUGGAAUCAGAAAUAGCCCGAUAUGUGGAAAAAACAGUAUACGCGUUAGUUAAACCUAAUUUUUUUCGGCAUUCGCACAUGGAUUCGGGUUUUGCAGUAAUCAUUGAAAAAUUCUCACGCAAUGUUAGGCAUGCGGAUGGGAUUGGACUGAAUAAGAUGACUCAUUAUUUGCAACGCAGUUCAAUAGCCGACUCUGCUUUCACUAAUAUAUGGCUCAUCUACCCCCAAAUUAAGGCAUUUUUUCCACGAAAUAUCUCAGGUUAA